AUGCAUGUUAUUGUAAAAUUCCAUCAUCCAGUUUAUGUAAAUGAAGUACACAUUUAUGAGACAUCUUUUCCUGGAUCUGUAGUCAAAAUUUCAUGUAAAGUAAAACAACAAAAUGAGGAAGCAGUUGUUCCUGAAAAGAAAUCAUUCUUAAGAAAGGCAAUAGAAAAAGUUAUAGGGAAGGACGGAGAGUGGGUUGUGUUAUUUGAAAGACCUGAUGCUGUAUUUGUUACUGGUGCACAAGAUUUUUCACCAGAACUUUCUAAUAAGGGAACUUACUCUGAUACUAUUAGAAUUGACAUGAAAUUGGGUGCAAAUUGGAGUGAAAUUGAUGCCAUCAAACUUGUUGGUAAAACAAAAGUGGAUUUGCCAAAAAUUACUAAACUGGGAGCAAUCUAUAAGAAGAUGUUUGAUGAUGCUCUCUUUACAGAUUUGAACAUUGUUCACAAACAAUCAGGAAAUACCCUCAGAGUUCACAAGUCAAUUAUGACUUCCCGAUCAGAAUAUUUCAAAGUUAUAUGUGAAAGUGAAAUGAUUGAAUCUAAAACCUCAAUUAUUGAAUUUGAAGAAGAUGUACCAUUCAAUACCUUUAAGGAUGUCGUUGAAUUUAUUUACAGUAAUCACAUUAAUAUUAAUCAGGAAAAUAUUUAUCAAGUAUAUCUUUUAGCAGAUCAAUUUUUAAUUGGUUCUUUAUCAACUUAUUGUGGAAGACUCUUCUCCACUUGGAUGGAUGGAGAGAAUGCCUUUGAAAUGGCAAGAAUGGCUAAAAAGCACUGUUGCCACAAGCUCAAUGAAGUGGCUUUAGAAUACAUUGUUGAUAAUUAUACAUUACUCUUCUUAAAUCCUCAAUUUGAAGAUUUAGAACAUGAAGAUGUGAUUACAAUCUGUAGGAGACUUGCUGAAAGACACAACUCUAAAGAUCAAGAAGCAAACCCUAAACCAAAUACCAACACCAGUGAGACUGUUAGCGAGUGUACAGAAGACCCAUGCUCAGAAGAGAUUUGUGAUGAGUAA